GACGAGAUCAGCUGAUGGGAACUGACUCACCACUUCCCGGACAACAUGCAGAAACUCAUCGAGCCGUUUUCACCGUGAAAAGAUUAAAACUGGAUUUUACUCGUCUGACUUCAGUAGAAUCCGUUUCUACUGAGGAGGAUCAGUCGGAGCCGUUUGACCCGGAACCAGACUCAUCUCCCGUGUGAGUCCAUGGUGGGUGUUUGAGAUCUCCUCCCCCGGCUGCCUGACUCAGAAGUGACCGAGGAGGUGCAGAGGAACCAGAUUAACGAUGACUUUCGGAGGUAGACCGUCCUCCCCCGUCCUCUACUCUCCGGGGAGGGAAACCGCGGCGCUGCAGGUCAACCCGGCUGACGUCCCCGCCCUGGAAAUCAAACUGGGAGCACUGGUGGUUCUGUUGUCCGUCACGCUGCUGUUUGGGAUGGCCCCACUCUGCAUCGUACGGGGGGCCGGGCGCUGCAGCGUGGACCCAGAUUUGCGGCGCCGGAUGCUGAGUUUGAUCAGCUGCUUCGCCGGAGGAGUUUUUCUGGCCACCUGCCUGUUGGACCUGCUGCCGGACUACCUGCAGAGCAUCAACGAGGCCUUCAGCAACGCUGGGAUCACACUCCAGUUCCCUCUCCCAGAGUUUAUUGUGGCCAUGGGCUUCUUCCUGGUCCUGGUCCUGGAGCAGGUGAUCCUGGCCUUCAAGGACCAGUCGUCCUCCUACCUGGAGGAGCGUCGGUCUCUGCUGGUGGACUCCAGCGUCCAGGCAAACGACAAGAACGGCUUCCAUCACCGCCAUCACGGAUCGCAGGAGGCCGAGGGCGGCCACUUCCACGUGGACUUCGGCUCUCAGUCUGCCCUGCGCGCCUUCAUCCUGGUCUUCUCUCUGUCUCUGCACUCUGUGUUUGAGGGCCUGGCGGUGGGUCUGCAGGAGGAGGGGAAGGAGGUGCUGGAGAUCUGCCUGGCGCUGAUGAUCCACAAGUGCAUCAUCUCCUUCAGCCUGGCGUUCAAGCUGUGCCAGGGCCGGCUGCGGCGCUCUGUGGUCGCCGGCUGCCUGCUGCUGUUCGCCGUCAUGUCCCCGCUCGGCAUCGGCCUGGGGAUCGGCCUCACCGAGACCAAGGCGUCCCCGCAGCACCAGCUGGCCCGCUCCACGCUGGAGGGGCUGGCGACGGGAACCUUCGUCUACAUCACCUUCAUGGAGAUCCUGCCACACGAGCUCGGCUCCUCCAGGCACCGCAUCCCCAAGGUGGCCAUGCUGCUGGUGGGCUUCGCCGUGGUCACCGCCGUGCUCUUCAUCAAACUGUAACCGUGACGUGAAAGCAACAAGCUCGUCCAUCUGAUGCCAUGUAUCAGAGAUGACAAACCUUCAUUCAUUAGAGUCGACUAAAAGCUUCACAGAUCAGGUCCAGAUAAAAGAUCCAGUCUUUUCAAGGUCUUUAACAUGUUGGAAAACAACAGAGUCCCACAGUGAUGAUGUGUUUCUGUAGUCCAACCUGAAGUUAGCAUCAGCCUGGUUCCUCCACUAAAAGCCAAUGGGAUUUUUUCAUAGUGUUUUGGAUUAUUCCAGAAAAUAAACAGUGACCAACUAAAGUUUCUGAUCCUUCAGAUUUAGUUGAUCAGAUCAUCUUCACAGAUGAACACCACUGUUCUGAUGUUUGAAGUAAGAAGCUAAUGUUAGGCUAUAAACCAACUACACCACGGUCACAUGACGUCAACGUGUUAAAACCACAGACCUUAUUUCAGACAUUUAACCAGAAACACACUGACUUUGGGAUGAGGGAACAGUAAGUGCUAACAUGCUAACAUGCUAACAUACCUCCUGGUUUUAGGAUCAGUCCUGCAGGACUCUAUUAAAAAUGUUUUUUACUCUCUGUCUGGUUAAAUCUCAGUAAAGCAGACAAACCUCCAAGUUUGAUAAUUUGAUUAAUCUCAAAUUUAACUAGAAUUUGCACCAGUGAAGAAGAAUAUCAGCUGUCCUAGUCCUGUAGAGUUGUAAAUAUCUGUUACAACCUGUGUUGUAGUGUUAGAGUCCAGGACUUGGAACUCGACCCAUCAGGACUUGAGCAUUGACUGGAAACAAGGACUCAGACUCUGACUUUUUCUGUAAUAAUUUAGCAUAAGAUGUUGAUCGCUGUAUUAAUACUUUAACAGGAGGGCAGUCAACUCUGAACACCUGUGACUUGAGACUUGAGAGUCAGACUUGAGGUUUAGUGAUUUGACUACAACACUGGUCACGACUUCUGACACUGCAGAGUGACGUUGGACAAUCUGAAACACUAAGACGUUGCUGGACCCAGACAGUGUUAGCUGUGUUAGCAUAGCUGCUAACUGUGUAGCUAUGCUCACAUAGCAUGUUAGCAUCAGAUUUGUGUCUUUGUGGACAGAAAAACAGCUCAUUAGCAUCUACAAAUCUCCUCCAGUGUGACAUGUGACCACAUCUGUGUGAAGAUGUCGUGUUUUUACCGCCCCCUGUUGGUUAAUCGUUACAAAAACAACAAAGUUCUGUAACUGAAACAACAAAAAUUUAGUUUGUAGCUGUGAAAAUGUUUAUUCAGAUGACGCUCUGCAGAGAAACUCAAACAUAACAUCCUGGUUGUUCAGCACAGGUGGGUUUAAACCUCACAUCACCUGAUUUUAAUUUAUCUUUUUCUUGCUUUAACUGGAUUUUAUGAGCUGAAAAAAGAAAAUCUUCUUCAGUAAAUCCUGAAAAUAUGGAGUCGAUGUAACGACAGUGCUUAGAAAUGUAUUUUUGUAAUUAAAUCACCAAAGCCUUUGAUCCAAAGUCGUUUUGAGAGCCACAAUAUUUUAAUCUUUGUGUUGAAUGUAAUGAAAUAUGUGUCACUAUAUUUUGUAUUGUGAUGAUUCAUGAAAAACUGAAUUCAACAUUAAAUAGUUUUUCAGAUCAGA